AACCGUCGAUAAAAUUAACAAGCACAACAAAACCUUGGCUGGCGCGCCGGUGUCUCUCUGAAGCCGAAGACUUUGUGUGAGUGUCGAAACGAAACUGUCGAUUGUUUUUAAAGCCACAGAAAUGUCAGCUGAUACCAAGAUUGCUGAACUCUUAACGGAAUUGCAUCAGCUCAUCAAACAGACUCAGGAGGAGAGGUCACGCAGUGAACACAAUCUGCUCAACAUUCAGAAAACACAUGAAAGGAUGCAGACAGAAAACAAAACCUCCCCAUACUACCGCACUAAGCUGAGGGGGCUUUACACCACGGCCAAAGCAGAUGCUGAAGCGGAGUGUGGCAUUUUACGCCAUUCUCUUGACAAAAUUGCAGAGAUCAAAUCUUUAUUGGAGGAGAGACGAAUAGCUGCUAAAAUGGCAGGUGUUUACAGUGACAGCGACCCUCCUAGGAAGACCAUGAGACGCGGUGUCCUGAUGACACUCCUCCAGCAGUCUGCCAUGACGCUGCCUCUGUGGAUUGGCAAGCCAGGGGACAGUCCCCCGCCGCUAUGCGGUGCGACCCCUGCCAGCAGUGACUACGUGGCCAAGCAGGGGGACAAGGUGGCAGCACGAGUCAAGGCUGUGGAUGGAGAUGAGCAGUGGAUCCUGGCUGAAGUGGUCAGCUACAGCCACUCCACCAACAAAUAUGAAGUGGAUGACAUCGAUGAAGAGGGCAAAGAGAGGCACACCCUUAGCAGACGCCGCAUCAUCCCGCUCCCUCAGUGGAAGGCCAACCCUGAGACGGACCCUGAGGCCCUUUUCAGCAAAGACCAGCUGGUGUUGGCCCUCUACCCUCAGACCACCUGCUUCUACCGGGCCCUCAUCCACACACCACCACACAGGCCUCAAGACGACUACUCGGUGCUGUUUGAGGACACAUCAUACGCCGAUGGAUACUCCCCUCCUCUCAAUGUGGCCCAGCGCUACGUGGUGGCCUGCAAGGAAAACAAAAAGAAGUGAGGAAGAAUGUGGACUGAGAACUGGAGGAGCCAUAGGGACAAAACUGGUGCAUAUCUGUUUACCAAAUGAACUUGUGUCCAUGUCAUGUGAAGAUGGUUAGAGAAACAGAGUUCAAAUAAUGGAAGUUAGUCCACAAACAAUUCUGUUGUUCAUGUUUCAUAGCGUUUGGAGCAAAGUCUCAGUUAAGAAAUGAUGGGCAAACACAGACACUGCCUAGCUAGGUGUGAUCUUUUUUUUUUGUAUUGCUAUGUUGUGUUAUGCCAUUACAUGUUGUCGAGGUUCGUAUCAGCUCAUGUUUGCUGCUGUUGUCGGACCAAGUUGUGGAUAACAUAUCACGGUCAUGUCAUUUGUAAUACAGCUUUGCACUAAACUGUUUUUUUCCUUGAACUGCCACAUUGAUUUUCUCCCCUGCAUGUAAAGGUCCAAAUUGCUUCUUUUUUUUUACAUUUUGUAACAGAACCACAAUGAUUUUUGAAUUAAAAUUGUUUUGUUUUUUUCACGAGUUAAGCAUUUGUCCUUAAAGCCCAACUUAAAUUCAGGCC